GCUGGCUGGAUCUCGCCUCGGAGCUGCCGGUCCUCCUUUUCGCGCCGCCGAUGCGCUUUUCGCCAGCGAAAUCGCUCGUCUGGCCGCGAACCAGUCGCACGGACACGAACCGCCGCAUCCGCUACCCUUCGACCACCUCCCUCCCAGACGAUUCUUUCGGGAGGAGAGGACCACCGUCGACUGGCCGCCAUCUUGCUAGUGCAUCUCGCUGCGGGCAACCCCGAAUAGCGGCAACGCGCGAUCCGUUCGCCGCACACCAACACCGACCACACACCGUACGCCGAUCAUCGGCCAGGGGAUGGGGGAGUGGGUAGUUUCCGGGCUUGUUUUCGGCAAUGGCCGAUCCUGCUGGUGAGAGACGCUGCGAUAACCCGCCGGCAGACCACGGGGUUGAUCGUCGUUCGCGCUCUUGCAACCCAGGGGUCGUUGAACGUGGGAUGUGAGCCUGUGAAGGUGGAAUCCUCGAGACGCGCGAGGUCCUCGCAAUGGAGGCGGGACCGAAGCAACAGCAACAACAGCAGCCGCAAUCGCAACAGCAGCCUCAGCAGCAGCCUCAGCAGCAGCCUCAGCCUCAGCAGCAGCAGCAGCAGCAGCAGCAGCAGCAACAGCAAAAUUCGACGACCGCUGGCACGGGACAGACAUCUAGCCAGGCCGCGAGUCCGCAAGGCGGCCAGGCUCAAGGCCAAGCUCAAGGUCAACAGAAUCAGGAUGCCGCUGCAGUCGCAGCUGCAACCGCGGAGGCCGGACCGGUGGAGGAGGGAGUGCUCCUCGCCAGGGUGCACGUCCCGGAGCUGUACGUCAGCAAGUGUCUUCAGUUCCCGAAGGAUCAGCUCGUCUGGGACGUGAAGCAGCAAUGCCUGGCAUCCUUGCCCAAGGUGGCCACUUGGUACAGGGAGCUGAAGGAAAGCUUCAAUUACGGCUUGUUCUGCCCGCCCGUGAAUGGAAAAGCCGGGAAAUUCUUGGACGAGGAACGUCGCCUCGGCGAUUAUCCCUUCAAUGGACCCGUCGGCUACUUGGAGCUCAAGUACAAGAGACGGGUGUACAAGAUGCUGCAUCUGGACGAGAAACAACUGAAGGCGAUGCACACGAGAACGAACCUGCGAAGGUUACUGGAGUACGUGGCAAACAGCCAGGUCGAGAAGAUCGCCAAGAUGUGCAGCAAGGGACUGGAUCCUAAUUUCCACUGCCAGGAAACCGGAGAGACUCCGUUGACCUUGGCCACGACCCUGAAGAAGCCCUCGAAGGUGAUAAUAGCCCUGGUGAACGGCGGAGCGCUGUUGGAUUAUCGAACGAAGGAGGGCCUGACGGCGAUGCAUCGCGCCGUCGAACGGAACAGUUUGGAAGCGGUGAAGACGCUGCUGGAACUCGGCGCUAGCCCGAAUUACAAGGACACCAAGGGCCUCACGCCUCUCUAUUACAGCGUCAUCUACAAGACCGAUCCGAUGCUCUGCGAGACGCUGCUUCACGACCACGCGACGAUAGGCGCGCAAGACCUGCAGGGCUGGCAGGAAGUGCAUCAGGCCUGCCGCAACAACCUGGUCCAACACCUGGAUCACUUGCUUUUUUACGGUGCCGACAUGAACGCGCGUAACGCAUCUGGUAAUACACCGUUGCACGUUUGCGCAGUGAACAACACGGACUCCUCUUGCAUACGUCAGUUGCUGUUCAGAGGCGCGCAGAAGGACAGUCUGAAUUACGCGAACCAGACGCCCUACCAGGUCGCCGUGAUCGCCGGGAACAUGGAGCUGGCCGAGGUCAUUAAGAAUUAUCAGCCGGAAGAAGUUGUACCGUUUAAAGGGCCGCCACGCUACAACCCGAAACGACGAUCGGUGGCCUUCGGCGGCACGUCGACGAUGACCACGAGCUGCUCGGCCAGUAACUUGGGCACCCUGACCAGGAUACCGUCCGCGGAACAACAGCACGGCUCUGGCGGAACGACCGGUUCCGGUGGAGGUAGCCUCACCAGAACGAUCUCGGUGGAGCAGUACACGUCGAGCGUCAACGCGGUCACGAGAGUACCGUCCGCCGAGCAAUACGCGACCGGCAACCUCACCCGAGUACCGUCCACGGAACAACAGUAUCCAUCCACUGGCACCCUGAACAGAGUACCGUCCGCAGAACAAUAUGCCAGCCCUAUCGCGACCGCGACCGGUACCACCACCGUAACCAGGAUGUCUUCCGGAGAGCAAUACUCCGCGACCGCCGGUACGCUCACCAGAGUACCGUCCACCGAGCAAUAUCCGACCGGUACGCUCACCAGAGUACCGUCCACCGAGCAGUACGCGAACAGUAUGGCGAGGACGGCGGAGUCCCAUCACGUCGCCCUCGCCAGAGUACCGUCCAUCGAAGCAACCAGAAACGAGCUACAGAGAAUACCGUCCGAGCAGCACGUCGUUGCCGCCAGAUCCGGCGAGCAGAACGGUCAUCGGAUUACCUCGGACUACCAGAGCCCCAAUUCGCUGAGGGAUCCUAACGCGAGAUUACCAGCCACCGCGGAGAACUAUCAGAACGUAAGAAUGGAGGGGCUGACGAGGCUGCAAGAACACCGGCUCGAGCUUCAACACCGUCUCGACAUGCACAGAACGAUGGAGAUGCCGCCGUCGCCGUCACCGAGCAGCAGGAGUCUAGCUCCUUUCAGCUCGGCUAGCUCGAGCCUCUCCGAAGGCAGCAAUCAACCGUCCGGCGAAGAUUCCGCCAGCAUCGUCACAGACAAGAGUCUGGGCGAUACUGCCUCCGACGUGAUUAGCGACAGUUCCGGGGUCGGAACCUCGCAGUCGGACACUACCAAUUCCCUCUCGAUACCCGGCACCACGGUCGUCUGCGUCGAGAGCUACAACAGCGGGAUUCUAGGCCAUCUGAAUAUCAAUCAAGGAGAUAUCUUGGAAGUGACCGGGGCGACCGAUUGCGGUCUUCUCGAGGGGGUGCUCCGUGGCCAGGGCACGGGCCUGUUUCCGGCCCACUGCGUGCAAGAGGUCAGGCUCCGUCACACCAACAUCCCGCUGGGUCCUCAGCCGGCCAGGGACGCUCGGAACAGAGUGCUGGGCCGCAGAGAAUCGCAGCAUAAGUAUUUCGCUACCGCUCCUAGAUUGAAGAAACCAGUUACGUCCGAGCCUCGUACCGUGGUGCUGCAUCGCUCGAGAAAGGGUUUCGGCUUCGUGUUGCGAGGAGCCAAGGCAACCUCGCCUCUCAUGGAACUAACGCCCUCGGCCAGGUACCCCGCCUUGCAGUACCUGGACGAUGUCGAUCAAGGAGGAGUAGCCGACCUGGCUGGUCUCCGGAAAGGAGACUACCUUAUCCAAAUCAACGGCGAGGAUGUGACAACGGCGUCGCACGAGCACGUAGUCGACCUGAUCCGAAAAUCCGGGGAGCUGGUCCGAAUGACGGUGGUCUCCCCGGUGAUCAGCCUUCCGAAUUCGCAAUCGGCAGCCCUUCUGCCAACUAGUCAACCCAUUCAGAGACAGUACGCGACGCUUCCGCGUAAAGGUAACACGAACGUGGUGAUCGGUGGUACGCUUGGCAGAUCACCAGCUCCCAUGCCACCCCGAAGAGACCCGAAGACGACACUGAGCGUCGGUCGGGCGCGAGCAAGAUCGAUGGUCGCGGGGUUAGAAGGCGGUGGCGAGAGAGACGAUCGCGACGAGAUAACAUCGACGGGAGCCAAAUCGAGUAGCGCGGAAUCGAUCCAUCUUCCUCAACAGCCAUCCACCGGACCCAAUACCGGACAAAACACGCCGGUGCAGCCGAGAACGGCCAGUAUUCGAUCGAGACCUACCUCCAGUAGGAUCACUGCCGCGGAACUGGAGGAACUAUUUCAGCGGCAGCAAGGUAGUACCAGUGGUCAGUACAGCUCGUCCAUGAUGAGCUCUCACUUUCAAACUGGUCAAGCUACCAAGUCGCAUCCUUCCUCGCCUGCAAAGACCGGCAGGGUAUACGCGAGCGUAGCGGAAAUGAAACGCAAAGGCAAAUUGAACUCGAGAGUGCGAUUCUUCGGUGGAUUGGGCGGUGGUUCCGAUCUUCACCGAGACUUUCACAGUACGCCGGACUUAAACGUGCAGGUGCAGUCGUCUAUUUUAGCUCCGAAAGGGCACAGGAGCCAGGAGGACGUAAACGCGUUGAAUGGCAGAAACGGGCUUCCACCACCGAACCAUCCGCCACCUCCGCCACCGGUCGGGCAAGUCGUCAAAGUGAACGUGGGCGCGAACGUGCCGGACGUAGUCACGCCGGCUUCUGUGUACGAUAAUAUGGCUCAUAUACAGCAAGUCAAAGAACUGGCAGCCGCGACAGCAGACGGAGGUUACGGCGUGAUGUCCAGCUUUCGACCUUCGAACAGCGCCAAGCUCUACGCCUCGCCGGAAGACAUGAAGACGGUUGGAUACCGUUCCCGCAGUUUGCCAGCGCACACGACCCGUUGCCACGUGAGGAAGUCGCACAGCUUGCGCACCACCAACAACACGACGUUCAAGCCGUUGAACAAUCAGCAGAACGUGAACAGCGCAGUGAGCAACAACAACCAGGUGAACAACAAUCAAUCGGCCAACAACCAGUACGCGCAGCCUCUGAAGACCAACAGAAGCCACAGCACGGUCGGCAUCAGGGAAAGGAAGAAGAAGGGCAUCAGUACCAGUUCCUCGAUCACGAACCUCUCGUCCGUGGCGAACAACAAUGCUGGAAACACGGUGACGAACGCAGCGCCGCCUAUCCCGGAACCGGAUUACAGCCUGUCCGAGUCGGAGAACGACGAAGGGGAGGAGGAGACCGACGACGACGGAGAAUCGGAGAUCGCGAAGGAACUGGAGAAAGCGGCUGCGAGAGAGAAGCUGGAAUCCACGCGAGAAACGUCGGGCAACUCCAACACUUCCGGCUCGAGUUCGUCCGGCAGCAGCUCGUUGCCGCAUUCGUUCAGCGUCGAGGAGAUUCAGAAGGUCAGGACGCAGUUGAAGUCGUCGAAGAGCCAUCCGAACGACUUCCUCUUGCAACAGACCCAGCAAUCCCUCGCCGAGGACGGUGACAACAGCUCGAGCGGGGUGAGCUCCGAUCAAGACGUGCCGGUUGGUCCACCCACGGGUUUCGACGAUACGGCCGCGAGGAAUCUUGCUAACGAAGCUGCGCAGCAUCCGACCACGGUGCUCUCGGUGAGCAGCGUGGAAAAGGAGGCGAACCCGAAGAGAACGAGCUACGGUGGUAGCGGAUUACUGACCCGACACGCGGUGAGCCUGGCCCAGUUACCGCCGCCGAUCGAAGCGGAUGCCGAGGAACAGAGCAACGACCUGUUCGUACCACCACCGCCAGAGUUCAACGCGGGACCGUCAGCGGGCAACGGGGACGAGCUGGUAUUUGCCCCACCGCCUCAAUUCUGCGACAACAAGCAACAGCCGCAACAACAAUCGCAGCAGCAGCAGCAGCAGCAGCAACAGAAUCGCGUGAAGAUCAUCGGGGCGAUACCGAAGGUUACCAACAAUCAAGUUAAAGCUUCCGGUGGACGGUUGCAUAACCAGUGAGGAAGAAUGGUUGCGAACGAUCGCCGAUGAACGGACGUUUCGAGUCGCAUGAUCGUGGAUCACGAUUUAACAGAGUCAAUUUAAUCUUUCCGUAUUAACCUUUCUCCAUUCGAGAUAAUUGUGUACGCACACCGCGUUGCGCGUGAUCCCUGGGUAUCAUCGAUGUUCCGUCAUCGAGCGGACGAUUAAGCGGACGCUCGUUCGAACGCGAGGCAAAUAUACACACGCGAUGCGAUUGUUUGCAAUAAUUAUUUUCACCGACAACGUUCCCCGCCCCCGCAGCACCGGAGCAGUUUUGUAAGGAACGAACGCGCGCGUCGUCUCUAUCGUUAACUAUCCAUACUUCGAUCGAGCGUCGUUUAGGUUGCUCUGUCAAGCGUCUGUGGUAGUCAAGUGAACAAGGUAUUCAGUGAAUUUUUACCAUAAAACCUAGAAUAUGAAUCGUACGAACCGCAGAUAACGUUAGAUUUAAAAUGGCGUGCGUGCGAUGCUUUCUACCUGCAAAGCGGUAUGUCGCCACCCAGUUCGUGAACGUCAAAAUCCCAUAGCCGUCUCGUGGAAUGGCCUAAAGAGGUGAACGAGAAAAAAGGAUCUACAAACCGUACUGUAGUUCGUAAUUAAACGGGACAGAGAGAAAGAUAGCGAGCGCAAGAAAGAGAAAACGAGGAAGCGUGUGAGAGAGAGAGAGAGAGAGAGAGAGAAAAAAGAAGAGAAAAAGAAUAAUUCUAUGCGGUGCGCGCGCGUAUGUGUAUGUAUGCAAGAAACGUAGAGAAUGAAUGUGUAGCGUAUAUCGGUUUGUUUUUCAUAUUUCUAUCGAAGUACGACGCGUGUUUAAUACUUUUACAUGUAACGAUCUUUAUCCGUAAACGUCAUCAACUUCUCUCAUUCCACCACGAUACAAAACCAGAAGGAAAAUGGCAUUUUCGAGGGACAACGCAUCGGGAUGUUAGACCUUGUUGAAGCACGAAUCGGUGCUGCUAAUCGAGACCCGUCCGAUACUUUUCCAGUAUCGGGAACGAUGUAGCGCGAACUCGAGGGUGUCGAUGCGAAACGACGAAUCGAAGAUGCCGGAUCAAUGAGUUAGCUAGUAAAGCGCGCGCGCGCGUGCGCGUGCCGUUCAGUUCAAUUCCGUUUUUCUCGUGUUUAGACACUGCUCAAGAGCCUAAUUACAAAGUUCUACUCACAAAGUCAUUAGAGAUUGUUUCUAGUUUGUAAUAACGAGUAAUAGCAUAACGACGAGUAUAAAUUUAUCUCUAAGCUCGUAAUCGCGUUAAUAGAGGCGCACUGUACUACGUUAACGCACCAACAUUAUUCAGCUUGUAAGAUAGAUCGUAUUCCUUCCAUUUGAAUCAGGCUCCUGAGAGCCGCGAGAGCUGUAUCACAGCUUCUACGAUGUUUCCUUCACUGAAAAUAAUGUUUGUUCGCUAAAAAAAGAAAAAGAAAAAAUGAAAAAAAAAAAAAAAAGAAAGAAAAGAAAGGAAGAAGAAAAGAAGAAAGAGGAAGAAAGAGAAGACACGAUAUCCCUUAUCCCCGUUGAACGGUUUCACGUCGAAAGAAAAUCAAAAGUUGAUCCUUUUCUCACAAUCGAACAACCUGCGUUAAUUUAUCCUUUGUAUAUAGUAUAUAAUUGAUCGGCAAGAAAAAAAUAAGGAAAAAGAUCUCGCGACCCUCGGUGACACUGCUACAUACUUGUAUAUAUAUACCGAACAACAUUGCUACGUAUUGAAUAUCUAUAACGAUGGAACGAUUAUUAUCAUCACUUUUAUGAUCACACCGCGAUAGAUUUAAGCGAUAUCCAUGAAAGCAACGUCCUUCCUAAUUAUUGUUUCUAUGCCUUUUCGAGUUAAAUCAUAUUCAUAUACAAACAGUGAAGUAUGAUGUUAAGUCAGUGCAUGCUUGUUGAAGCAUGAAUGAAACAGUUUUGAGUCGAAGGAAAUCAUAUUAAAGAUAAGUAUUAAAUGUUCCUUAAAUAUUUUAUUGUUUGUUUUCGAUCGGUAAAAACGAAAGAUCGCUGAUGCGUGUAUAUCGUUUCAAAAACUUGAUCGACUGGUUGAUUCGGGUCAGUAAAGCAAUAUUGUACGCAUUACAACGGCUCGUGUAAUAAUAAACCGUUUCAAGAAUAGAAUUUUAUCUUUGUUUGCGAUCUUAAACAAAUGGCAUUGCCGAUUACACUAAUUUCCUCGUGCACGUGUUCGCGCAAACUUUGUUAGAAGCAAAUAUAUAAAGAUUCAG